CUCCCCUUCCCCGAAAGUUCAAAUUUAUCUUUUUCACAACGCCAUACAGCCCAUACCGCGACCGUGAUCGUACCGUGUUAUUAUAUCCCCAUACGCACACCCCGUGUCUUAUCCUGUCGGCGCUUGGAGCCGAUUAUAUACUGGGUUCUGUCCUUGUACUUGUCCACAACUAAAAGGGGAGGGAAGGAAAGGGAGAAAGGAAAGGAAAACAUCUACAAAGCAUCUUUUUCACUCUUCGCAAUAUCUUCCUUAUUUGCUUCACAAAGCGGAGGAAAGAACGCGACAUAAGGAGAAAUGACCUUCAAAAACAUAUUCAAGAAGGACGGUGGUGGAAGUAGUGGUAGUAGCAAGAAGGAAGGAGGGUCAACAACACCACCGCCACCAACACAAAAUCCCGAGUUCACCUUCAUCCGCAGCGAUACCAACACCCAGGACGUCCUGAACCUCCACGAUCGCAACCAUAACCACAACCAGCACCAGCAGCAAGAUAAAGGCCGCCUAUCACUCGACCGCCCGCACUCCUCCUCCGGACGUCCCAGAUCUCCCAGCAAACUAAGCCUCUCCACUCUAUCCCCCCGGCGCAGAUCCAAUUCGUCGGCGCACGUGCCCGCGGACUUACCCAGCAUCUCGAGCACCGGUGACAAAGAGCAGCAAUGGGAGCUGCGGGCGGCGAAACUUGCUCAGAGCGGGCAACCGAGUCCCGGGAUUGUGCCAAGGGGGUAUGGUGAGGAGGUGGUUGCUCACAGCGAUGAUAAUAUUCAAGAGGCGAUUCGAUUACAUGAGGCCGGAGAGCUAGGAAGGUCUACAGCAAUCUUCGGACGUCUCGCAGAUCCGAACGGCCCAAACAACCCACUAUCCCAAGUUCUCUAUGGACUCGCCCUCCGUCAUGGCUGGGGCAUAGAACCAAACCUCCCCCGCGCGCUAACCUACCUCCAAUCCGCCGCGCGAAAUUCCGCCGCUGUGGAAGAGCUAGCCCUAAAAGCCGGCAUGACCAAGGGCGGGAGCGCAAAGGGCGAGCUCGUGCUCGCGAUAUUCGAGCUGGGGAAUUGUUUCCGCCACGGCUGGGGCGUGCAAAAGGAUCCCGUCGCGGCGCGAGAAUACUACGAGACAGCGGCGAACCUUGGGGACGCGGAUGCCAUGAACGAGGUCGCAUGGUGUUAUUUGGAAGGCUUUGGAUGUCGGAAGGAUAAGAUGAAAUCCGCAAUGUUCUACCGUAUGGCGGAAAAACAGGGCAAUAAGAUUCUUGGAAACACUUGGAUAUACAAGGACAAAUACAUGACCGGCGGUUGAUGGUUGGAUAGAUGGAUGGAUGCAUUACAUUGGAGAUUCGGGUUUAGUUAGUUCUUGUAAGGGAGGCUUUUUCGAUUUCCAAUUUCCGAUUUUCGAUCCUCGAUUUCUUUUUAUUUUCUUUCCACUCCUCGUAUGAUACUCACUUUGUUCUCGUACUCGAGCAUCACACUUGUAUCUAAGCGUAGUCUAGAAUACCCAUCAGGAUAAAGUCAAAACCUAUCAUACCUA